UUGGCCGACGCGCCGAUGCCAAGGCUUAUAUGCUCGGUAGUGUACUGUUGAGCACGGAGCUAAAGGGGAGCUGAGUGUGUCCUCUCGCGCGUUUUCGUUCGUCUCCUCCCCCCCCCCCAGAGUCAAUUUCUCGUAUUUUCUUUUCUACUUUUUAUUUUGUUUUUUUUUCUUUUCCUCCUUGUACGCAUUUAUUUCUCCGUGCAGCCAGAGAAAAAGAGGCCCCUCGUGCCCCGUGAAGGUGUGCUCGUGUGCAGCGGCUGUCUAGGCCCAGCGACGAAUGAGCCCCAGCCAACGCACCACGACAACAAAAACUAGGAGUCGCGGAGCAGCAAGUACACAUCCAGCUAAAUGAGGCUGAUGGAACCGCUUGGGGUCGAUCUGGAGGUAAUCGAGGUAUCGGCGCUCAAACGAUGGGCCGAUUUUCCGACGCAGCACCGAUUCAGCGAUUACUCGAGGGCCCUCGGCAAUGCGGCCCAAUACUCGGCCAGUCCGUUCCCGUGUCAGCCCCUGCUCAACAAUAAAAUCGCGUUAUGGACUGGGGAUUUGACGUCUCUGCGAGUCGACGCGAUCGUCAAUUCGACGAACGAGACUAUGGAUGACAACAGUCCUGUGUGCCAAAGAAUUUUUCAUCGCGCCGGGCCGGGCCUCACCAAAGAAAUUUACAACGAAAUCAAGGAGUGUAAAACCGGCGAGGUGAAGACGACGCAAGGCCACAAUUUGCCCGCUCGUUUCAUCAUCCACACCGUCGGACCCGUUUACAACAUUAAAUACCAGACCGCGGCGGAGAAUACGCUCCACUGUUGUUACAGGAAUAUUUUGCAAAAGGCUCGAGAAUUGGGACUACGAAGCGUCGCCUUGCCCGUCGUCAACUCCGUUCGCCGCAGUUACCCACCAGAAGCCGGAGCACACAUAGCCCUAAGGACGGUGCGCCGAUUUUUGGAGCAGUACAGCGAAUCGUUCGGCUGCGUGAUAUUCGUGCUCGAUCCACGGGACCUCGAGGUCUACCAGCUAUUGUUGCCGUUGUACUUUCCGAGGACCAUGGCUGAGGAGGACGACGCGUGCUGGCAGUUGCCGAGUGACGUCGGUGGAAUAGAUGGCGAGCCUCAGUUGCCCGACAGACAGAUUCGCAUCAUCGACAAUCCCCAGCACACUUUGCACGCCAAAAGUCGUAAAAAUUCUGGUGGACAGUGGCACGCGACGAAAAUAGUCGGUAAUUUACCAGAAAUAGCCUAG